AUGCCUGAGAUCGACGUCGGCUUCAUUCCAAAAUGGUUCCCCCGAUUUUUCUGCCUGCUUUCUUUCAUUUCCAACUCUCUACUAAUCUACCUUGUUGUGACUCAAAAUAAGUGCAAAAUCGGCCCUUAUCGGCAAUUUUUGGUAUGUUUCGCCGUAUUUGAUAUGACCUACUCGGCCGUUGACGUUAUUGUGGGAAUGGUUAGUUAAAAAAGCAUCCUUAACUUUUUCACAAUGAUUCAUUUUCAGGCUUCACACAACUACAAGUCAGCUUUUGCCGUUUUUGUUAGCCACGGACCCCUUGUUGAUGUGAGAAUUCAUAAAAUAAGGAGCUUUCAAGCAUUACCUGAAUCAAACAAUCAACUUCUUUCAAAGUUAACUUUUUUGUUCUCAGAACCCUCUCGCUGGCAAAAUCGGCAUAGUCAUUCGCUGCGCAUUCAUUUGCCUGAGUUACGGUAUUUUCGAGAUACACUUUAUUUAUCGCUACAUUGCCUUGUGCAGGUUUUCACUCAUUUGAAACCUUUUCCAAACUUUCUCAGGCCAAAAAAGAUACACUGGUUCACCCGGCCAGUGUACAUAUUCGGAUGGUUCUGCUUUUGGCUAUUUUUUGGUUUAUAUUGGGCUUUCGCUGGCUCUUUAUCUUAUUUGGAUGAAGAGGAGCGCGAAUACCUACGUGAAAAUUUUCUUGCCACCUACAACGUUAAUAUAGAUGAACUCGGGGUUAUGGGCUUCCGAUACGACGUUUUUCACAAAAAAUAGAAGAUAUCAAAAAAUUGAAGAUGUUCAGGCGAAUCAACCAACUACAAUUGUGAGAACUUGCAUAUCUUUGGGCAUGGGAAACAUCAUAUCGAUAGCGGUUAUUGUUUCCUAUGGAAUUAUGGGAUACAAGGUAAUAAUAAAAAAUUGGAAAAUACAUACAUAUAUAGCAAAUUAGGCUACAAAAUCCGAGGUUAUUCACUCUAUAAGGUCUUUCAGCCAUGGAAUUUUCAAAACUAACAUUGCUCAAAAUUGUAACGGUUUUGAGCCAAGAAUUUUAGUAAGGUAAUGCGCUCCAUGGGUGACUCCCAGAAAUGGAUUUUUCCAUUCAAGUUUUCUUGUUUCUUUUUAAAGAACAUAAUAAAAUAUUAAAACGCGGUUAAUCAAAUAACCGAGCUUUUAAGUUGAAUGUGAUUCGAAUUUUUGCUGAAAAUUUUUCAGAUAAACAAAUUUCUGAAAAUUUCUACAAUCAGUUUGACAGCUAAACGGAUUCACCGGCAGUUAUUUCUAGCCUUAAUCGCCCAAACUACAAUUCCUUUUGUAGUCAGCUUCUUGCCCUGUCUCUGUUUGUGGUACACGCCUUUAUUUGGUAUUAAUUUGGGAAGGUGAGCCCUAAAAAUUAAAUACAGAGGAGAGAUUAAGAUUCCAGCUUCAACAACAACUACACAAUCCCAAUGCUUAGCGCUUUCCCAUUUUGUGAUCCCAUCGCCAUAAUUGCUAUUUUUUCUGAGUACCGAGCUUAUAUCUUGAAUAUCCUUGGAGUCAAGACCAAAGUGAUGGAAACACGAGACUCCUCUUCUAUCCAAACCAGGGACACCCUAUCUGAGUCUAAAAAUCGUAUACAACAUGUAAAAACGGCAAUAUUCAAGAUUCUACCCCAUAAUUGACUUUUUCAAUGAUUUCGAUAAUAAAAUUUGGCAACAGAGCCAUUGAAGUUUGAUGAAAAAUCUUCGGCUUGAAAAAAUUCUAAUGAUAAGUUUCAAAAAUAUGGAAACCGUCAAUUUCCGAGCCAUACGCUGGACUUCAGAAGUUUGCUCCACAUUUCAAAAAAUAGAGAUUGAGAGAGUUGCGGAAAGGUUUUCAAAAGGGUGUAUUCAUGAACAAUUGUCUACAUAGGGCUAGAAUUAAACAUUUAUGAUUAUAGGCUACAGACUGAAACUUCAAUCUUUUUUUUUCUAUGGUUCGGCAGACUUUUCUCUCUUGCUCAGAAAGUCACAGAAUAUUUUUCUCUUACUUAAAAUGCCUGAGAUCGACGUUGGCUUCAUCCCAAAAUGGUUUCCCCGAUUUUUCUGCCUACUUUCUUUUAUUUUCAAUCCACUACUGAUUUAUCUAGUUAUAACCCAGAAUAAGUGCAAAAUCGGUCCUUAUCGACAAUUUUUAGUAUGUUUCGCCUUAUUCGACAUGACCUACUCUGCUGUGGAUACUUUUGUGGGAAUGGUAAGGAAUCUUCUUUUCUUUUCGAGAUAAAGUUUAUUUUUCCAGGCGGCGCAUCACUACGAAUCAGCUUUUACCGUUUUUAUCAGCCACGGACCUCUAGUUGAUGUAAGUAAACUUUAAAAAAAACCUUUUGAAAUUUUGAUUGAGCUUAAGAAAAAGCAGGAAAAAUCUUCGGUUCGAUUUCAAACAUUUUUUUUUGUUAUUUUUUUGACAUGUGAGCUUAGAAUUACUGAUAUUUAACUCCAUGAAAUCCUCCUCAUCAACACUUGUAACUGUCUGACUAGUCUUUGCUCUUCUUUUACUCAUCAGUAAGUUUAAAGGAACGGUCAAUAAAGUACCAAGUUUUAAAAAUCAUUCAAAAAUCGGGAGAAAAUUUUGAAUGAAGCCAAUCUCAACUUUCUAAUAAAUAAUCUCAGGACCCAGUCAUUGGAGAAGCCGCCCUAGUCUUACGUUGUUCAUUCGUUUGCCUGAGUUACGGAAUUUUCGAGAUUCACUUCAUCUAUCGUUACAUUGCACUGUGCAGGUUUUUAUCCCUUUUCGCUUGUAAAUAUCACUUUUUCAGACCAAAACUCAUUCACUGGUUCACGCGACCAAUCUAUAUACUCGGCUGGAUCUGUUUCUGUUUAUCUUUCGGCAUAUAUUGGGGUUUCGCCGGAUCUUUGAUUUAUUUGAACAGGGAGGACCGCGACUUUCUACGUGAGACUUUUCUCGUCAACUUCAAUGCAAAUAUCGAUGAGAUGGCCAUUCUUGGAGUGCGUUAUAAGGUUUACCGUGAGAAAAGUUAAUAAUCAACCUUAUAAUUGAAUUUUGGGCAACCCUACCUUCUACAGUUCUGAGAACUUCGAUAACAAUGAUAAUGGUUAAUACUAUUUCGGUAGUAGUUAUUAUUUCCUACUGUGUCUUGGGAUACAAGGUGAUGAUAAGAAUCAACAUUUUUGACGAAAAAAUUUCAGAUAAACAAGUAUCUGAAGAUCACUACGAUCAGCACUGCCGCAAAAAGAGUCCAUCGCCAAUUGUUUUUAGCUUUGAUCGCCCAAACGGCUAUUCCUUUUUUGGUCAGCUUUGUACCCUGCUUAUUCCUCUGGUAUACGCCAUUUUUCAGUGUAAACUUGGGCAGGUCAGUUUCGACCAAUCUCGAAAAAACAAAUAAAAUUCUUAGCUUCAACAACAUCUACACGAUUCCCAUGCUCAGCGCUUUCCCGUUUUGUGAUCCAAUAGCGAUUAUCGCUAUAUUUUCUGAAUACCGAGCUUAUAUCCUCAACUUAUUCGGAUUCAAAACAGCAGUCAAGAAAGUCCAAUAUUCUUCAGCCAAUCAAUCUGCCGAGGUUCCGAUAGAUCCAAGAAAUCCCAUAAAAACUAUCAAAUCAGUUUUCUUCGGCAUCUUUGGUCAUAAUCAACUUACUUCAUGAUUACAUGAUCCCAAUAAAGAUGCUUCAACAUUUUGGACAGUUGUUUGGAAAUCAAGGAACUGUUGUUUUAAAAUGGGAAUCUCAGUUUUUAAAACUUUUGAAACAAACGAUACAUGUAAAGGUAUUUCUGAACAUCAAUCUUCAAUUAUUUACCAAUUUCUUCAAAUUAAGUUCAUUUCUACUACCUAGUCAAAACAGGAAUAACUUUUUGAUGACGCAGUUCAAAAACUUCCAUUCUUUGAACUUGAGAAUUUCGCCCUCAAAGGUCGGAAAGGCUGUGAAAGGCUAUCAUGCGAAUUUAAUUUUUUUGAUUAUAUGGUCACACGAAAGGUUAGACACAAAAAAUUAAAACCAGUCCGACUUUUCUUUAAGGUUUCAAAAAAAAACCACAUAAAAAAGAGUGCGAAAAAUAAUUUCAACAAGAAAGCUGUGGAGAGAGAAAAUUCAAAAUGAGAUGGUUAAUUGAGUUCCCUGAUCUAAAAAAAUGCACAUUUUUUUUACUUUUCAACUAAUUUUUACGCUGGUCAGGUGUCUUAUCUAUGCGUCUCGGUUGGGCUAAAAGGGGAGAACAACGAGCGCAAGAAGCAGUAGGUGUCCCAGCUAAGUUUUUUUCGGCAACCCAGCUGUGCCCAGCAAUCGGUGAUUCUACUGUGGUAAAAAAAUUAUUAUUAUCUGAUUUCAUCACGUCGACUAGUCGGUCUCAUUGCCGCUCUCUCAUGGGAUAAUACUCCGACGCCCGUCGGCCCUGGACAAGCUGGGCAUUGUACUGUUCCAACAUGGUGAAGCAUUUUAUUCGCUGGUACUACCACCCACAGGACCACAUUAUUUCCCAACUCUAGCUGUCACUCCGUGACUUAUUGGACAGCGAUUGUGGACCGUAACCCGUGCCGACGACUAAAUCUUCGAUUAUACCAUGAUUCAGCAGAGAUUCUCUGCAUCUUACUCUGAAGACUGAAUAAAUUGAGAUUGAAAUUGAAUUGAAAAAAAUGUAUUAGUUUUGCUCACGGGCUUAAAACGGGCAGACCCACUGAGACCCCGUGCUGGAACGGCUGGCUAACCCUCAUGAGCAUGAGUGGGAGUUAUAUAGCUCAUUCCGCGCUAGCUUGCCGCAAUUUUUUUUUCCUCCUACCCGUGUUCCGUGUAUUUUCUUCAUUCCGUGUAUUUUCUUCACUCGAAGUGGUAGCUCUCUCAACCGGCCGAGGCUACCCUAGAGUGUACACGGCGUCCGUGUCCGAGCCCUACUAUCCCCGCCGUGCCCGUACCCGCGAAACUGAGAUAUCUACUUGUGGAAGAACGAGGCGGACCGUAAGACCAUGCUUUCAACUCAACCGACUACACGUUUUGACUUCUUUUUCGCCAAAGGCGGUGUUAGUGCCGCUCAAAAGAGCAAUUUUUUCACCGCCUAGUCGAUUCCAUCUGACUAAAACAACCAAUAAAUAUUGAUUGAGUGACCCUUCCAGAAAGCUUCGUUUCGAUGCGCGUGGUCUGCCUGUGUGUCUGCGCCUUUAAAAUAACAAAUCUUUCAGAUAAAAUUAAAGGCGCGAGAAAAGAAAGAAGCCGUUUCAAUCAAAAGGAAGCUUCCCAGAAGGGUUCUGUAGCUCGGAGAGAAAUAAAAAAACAGUGCAAGCUGGACCGGGAUGGGCUAUAACGACUUAUCAGAGAAAGGGAAAAUGGCACCCUAAUCCAACUAAAAGCGUGAUAUUUUAUUCCUUAUAUUAAGCGUGGUACUCGCAAGAAAUUCCUAGAAAAGCUUCCCGAAACUUUUAAAAAGUGACUAUUUAUGAUUCUUUUGUACCAAUUUGUAAAAUAAAAAUGUCCGCAAAAAUUUAAAAUUUACUUGAAAUUGUACAAAAAUUUUUACUUUCCCAAAUAAAGUUUACAAAGGAGCUCAAAGUUUUAUCAAAUUAUCCCGCCUGUUCGAACUUCCUAUUGAAGCUAUGAGUUUUAGAAUGAUUCGAUGAACUCAAAAGCUUUUGAACUUCAUUUCAUAGAAUAAAAACCGGAAGAGCUGUGUGAGGUUAUCAUGAAAAAUAUUUUCAAAAAAAAUUUCGCUCGUUGUUUUUCUGCUUUUUAGAUGAGCCAACUUGACGAGAAACUAUAGUGCGCUUUCUUACGGUAAGAUAUCUUCUGAUCUCACUCAAAAAAUCACAGAACACUUUCCUCAAUGGACGAAAUCGACGUUGGCAUUGUUGCCAAAUGGCUUCCCCGUUUAUUCUGCCUCCUUUCAUUCAUUUUCAAUCCACUACUGAUCUACCUUGUUGUGACCCAAAAUAAGUGCAAAAUCGGUCCUUAUCGACAAUUUUUGGUCUGUUUCGCCUUAUUCGAUAUGACAUACUCUGCCGUGGAUUCUCUUGUAGGGAUGGUGAAAAAACUCAAAUUUUAUUCGGGAAAAAAGUGAAUUUCAGGCGGCUCAUCACUACGAAUCGGCUUUCACUGUUUUUGUCAGUCAUGGGCCUCUAGUUGGCGUAAGUUUUUUCUUGAUUUUUCGAUAUAGAAUAAAUGAACUGUGCAAUGUGAGCGUUUAUUUUACAUCAUGACAAGCUUCAAUUUAUUUAUCCAUCUGAUGGAAAAGAUCAAUAUAUUUGUUUAUUUUUACAAGAGCUUUAUUCAUAUUCCAUUUUUUUUUUCUACAGAUUGAAUUUGAAUUAAAUUUUUCGAAAAACUAGAAAUUCUUAGGACCCCGUGAAUGGACAAACCGCUCUAAUCAUUCGUUGUGGAUUCAUCUGUCUCAGCUACGGUAUUUUCGAAGUACACUUCAUCUAUCGCUACAUUGCCCUGUGCAGGUUUGUUCUCUCUUCAUAACGAAAGAUCAUUUCACUUUGCACUCCGAAAAAUCGGCACUAUACUUCUUGAUCAGCCAAAAAAAAUAUCCUGAGAGUCUCCGAAAACUUCCUGUUUUUUGACGCCGCGUAGUCGAUUACAUCUGACUAAAACAACGAAUAAAAAAAUAUUGAUGCUUACAGACGUAGUAAUUUAGAAGGUGGAAACUUGCAGAAUCCUUUAGUUGCCCCAUCAAGGAGUGUUUUUACCAAUUUUCCAAGUUGCAAACUGAAAUGACCUUCCUUGUUGGUUACAAAACUCUUUCAGACCGAAUCUGAUCAAUUGGUUUACUCGACCAAUAUAUAUUUUCGGAUGGAUCUGUUUCUGUAUGUUAUUUGGAGUCUAUUGGGUUAUCCCGGCAUCAAUGGUUUAUUUGGACAAGGCGGACCGAGAUUUUCUUCGUGAAACUUUUCUUGUCAAUUUCAACGCGAACAUCGAUGAGAUGGCCAUUCUUGGAGUGCGUUAUAAGGUUCAAAUUGUGGAGAAAUAAAUGAUUUGUUACAAAAAUCUCAGGCGCCUCUACCGUCUACGAUUCUGAGGACUUGUAUAGCGAUGGGGAUGGUUAAUUUCAUCUCGGUUGCAGUUAUCGUUUCCUACUGUGUCAUGGGAUACAAAGUGAAUGAAAGUCUACAUUUCAUGACUGUAACUUAUAACUUUCAGAUAAACAAAUACCUGAAAGUGACCACAAUCAGUGCGGCUGCCAAAAGGGUUCACAAACAGUUAUUCCUAGCAUUAAUCGCCCAAACUACGAUUCCUUUUGUGGUCAGCUUCUUACCGUGUAUUUUCCUAUGGUACACGCCUUUAUUCAAUGUCAGUUUGGGAAGGUGAGUACACUAAUAAGGGAAGAUAGAAUUUUUGAAAAUCGGCUGAUAUUUAGCUGGCUUUUGCUACUCAAAAGAGUUUUCUGAAGAAUUCCUAAAAAAAUUACUUCUUUUCCUUCGGAGUCUCUAAUCCUCACAAUUUAAAUGUCAAAACCUUCCAGCUUCAACAACUACUACACGAUUCCCAUGCUCAGCGCUUUUCCGUUUUGUGAUCCUAUCGCCAUCAUCGCUAUUUUCUCCGAAUACCGAGCUUAUGUUCUCAACCUCUUCGGACUCAAAACAAAAGUGAAGAAUAUACAUUCUCCAUCUCCCUCCGAUACUACCGACGCAGAAUCAAGGAGUCGAAUAAAAACUAUCAAAUCUGUUUUUUCCAAUAUCUUUGGCCAAAAUCAAAGUGUUGCAUGAUUUUAGUAAACUUUGAAAAGUCCUAUUCAAGUCCAACAGACACUGAAAAGAAAACCCAUUUUCAGAGCUUUUAGAGCUUACAGUACUGGCCAUAAAGGUAUUUCAAAGUGGUAAUUCGAGCAUAACUUCUCUGAAAGUGGCUCAAAUGACUUGAAACGUUGAAAAAAUUUUAAAUAACUACGCAGUAACUUUUUCCCAAAAGAAAAACUCAUUUGCUCAAGUAAAACCGGAUUUGAGAGCAAAAAACCAAAAGUCGUGAAAAUGAAGAUUUUUUUCUUGAGAUUCGAAAAAUCAUAUCUUCGAAGAAACUCCGAUUUGAAAUCAGAAACUUUUUUUCCCGGUAAAACAAGUCUUCGACUUCCCAAAAAACCUAAUCAGCCCCCUAUCAACCCGAUAGCAAGAGCGUAGUGACUUUUUCUUUGGAAGGCCUUUUUCUUUUUGACGCCUCGUCAUUCAGAUGGACUAUACGAGGUCAUUUUUUUUUUUAGAACAUCAUGUUUCCUGUUGAAAAACUUCGAAAUGCCCUCAAGAAUAGUUUCAUAUCGUUUUCUUAAGCUUUGUCACUAUAUCCUCUCUCCAGAACUCGCUUACUUCAUUAGGUCUGAUUUUAAAAGCUCGGAUUUAAACAGUUUUUCUGGACUUACGGGCAUUCAAAGCAGUUUUUAUCUGAUCAAUCGCUUUUCAAUCGUGAUAUCGAGAAUAAAUAAUGGCCAAAUUGCAGUCUCCCACUUCCUGAAGACUGCUAAUUUUUUUGCUGAAGCAUUAGUUUCACAAGAUCAAAAACUUAUUUUCCCAUAAAGUUUGAAGAAACGUUUUACAAUGCCUAUUUUUGACCUGAGAGCUAGAAAGAGGAGUUACAAAUUUAUCUAAUGAUCUUAAACGUUUAAAAAUUUUUAAAAAGGGGUUUUUAUCAUAUUUCACAAGAUUUAGAGCCUUCUAAGCAACACUUGCUAAAACGAAGUUUUGAGAACUUUAAGAAACUCAGUAUAACUCACUAUAUCUUUUGAAUAGGUAAGCGAAACACAGUGAAUCUUUUUUUAUUCUUAUUCAUAAAGGUUCUGAAAAAGCUUUGGAAUCUGAAAUAAGAAAUUGAGAAUGUUCUGAUUUUUGAAAAAAACAGAGCAGAACCGCUCCAAAUCAGAGGUUUCAAAAAUCAGACCUAGUGAAGUAAGCGAGUUCUGGGCAGAGGAACAGUGACAAAGCUCAAGAAAACAGUAUAAAACUAUUUUUUUGAGGGUGUUUUGAAGUUUUUUCAACAUGAAACAUGGUGUUCUCAAACAAAAAAAUGACCUCGUAUAGUCCAUUUGAAUAACGAUGCGUCAAAACACAAAGGCCUUCCAAAGAAAAAGUCACUACGCUCUUACUAUCGGGUUGGUAAGGGGCUGGUUGAACUUUUUGGAAAGCCGAAGUCUUGUUUUACCGGGAAAAAAAAGUUUCUGAUUUCAAAUCGAAGUUUCUUCGAAGAUAUGAUUUUUCGAAUCUCAGGAGAAAAAUCUUCAUUUCCACGAUUUUUGGUUUUUUUGCUCUAAAAUCCUGUCUUACUCGAGCAAAUGAGUUCUUCUUUUGGGAAAAAAUUACUGCGUAGUUAUUUAAAAUUUGUUCAAAGUUUCAAGUCAUUUGAGCCACUUUCAGAGAAGUUAUGCUCAAUUACCACUUUGAAAUACCUUUUAUGGCCAGUACUGUAUAUUAAACUGAAUCUACAUGUUUCUAUUGCUAUUGUAUCCUGGAAUUUUUAGUCUCAUUCAAAACCGUUUUCUUUUCUUUUUUUUCCUUUUCUCCUUUCUAUAAUUUUCUAACAUGUAACAGAUUCCAAAAAGCUCAUUGAUUGUUUAAAUUAAUUCAAGAAGUACCUUGACGUCUAUAACCAGGUAAGAAGAUUUUUUUCAUCUUACUCAACUUUGAAAAAAAUCUCUAAACUUCACUUUAUUUUUGUAAUAUUCUGCUUGUCUUGUUGUUACUGUUCUGAAUAAUGCUUUUUGAUUUUUCGUACCAAUAAAUAUUAUUGCCAGUCUCUGCAGAUGUAAAAAAAAUGAAGUUUUAUUGAAAAAAAUAUACUCUUUGAUGACCCAAUAAACGUUGAAAAACGGCUCUACACCUCGAUAAAUCCCUUCGAAUUGUCUAAAAAAACUUUUUGAAACUACUUUUUUUCCUAAUUAUUUUUUUCAACUAGAGACCCCCCUAAAAAUUAUUUAAAAAAAAUAGCUCUUUUUGUUAUUUUUUUGCUGCUGAUGUGAAGCUGAGUCAGAUCCAGCUUAGCAGGGUAUAUAGAAAACCUUUUGUGUAUUUUCCCAUGGUUGAAAAGCUCCGUAUAUAACUCCAAAACUCGCGUAUUUGUCUAAGCUCUUUCUUUUUUCUUAGUCUAAUGGCCGAAAUCGACGUUGGCAUCGUGGCCAAAUGGCUUCCCCGUUUUUUCUGCCUUCUUUCAUAUAUUUUCAAUAUACUACUGAUAUUCCUUGUUAUCACUCAAAAUAGGUGCAAAAUAGGCCCUUAUCGGCAAUUUUUGGUAUGUUUCGCUUUAUUCGACAUGAUAUACUCUGCCGUGGAUACUUUUGUGGGAAUGGUAAGAAAAAUUUUUACUGUUGGGGUCAAAAUUGUGAUUUCUAGGCGGCGCAUCACUACGAAUCCACGUUCACUGUUUUCGUCAGCCACGGUCCCCUUGUCGAUGUAUGAAAGCUUAUUUAGAACCACAGAAUUUCUGCAUAUUUAUUAUUAGAUCUAGAAUUGAUAGAUGAGCCAAUAGAUACCCAUUUAUAGGCUAUUCAAAAACCCGAUUUCAAGUUCAAAAAAGCCUAAGCUAAUCGGCAAACAUUUUCUAACAAAACUCAAAAAAUAAAUAAAUUGAUUCGUAGGAUAAUAUGAGAGUUAUACAGUGAGAUUACAGUUCAAAAAGACAGUUUAAUCUUGUCGAUGGAGCGCAAAAAACGCAAAAAAUGCGCUCAUUUUUUUCUUUUCUUGAAUUUCCGAACUGAUCAUUUUAAAAAAAGACUAGGACUUUCAGAACUCUUUUUAUAGAAACCUGAAGCUGGCCGGAUCGGGCUGAUAAUUCGUUGUUCGUUCAUUUGCCUGAGCUACGGAAUUUUCGAAGUACAUUUCAUUUAUCGCUACAUUGCCCUUUGCAGGUGACCUUAUUUUUUUCUCCAAGUUAGGAUUUUCAUCAAAAUUGGUCAGACUAUUUCUUGAAGCACAAAAUCUAUCUUAGUUUUCUAGAAAUCACGUCUCAAGGUUCAAGAAAGUUUUAACGGAUUUUUUAUCAUCCUAUCUGAAUUUGAAGCGUCUUUUCUCAAUAACUAGGAAAUUUUCCAAGUUGAACUUUCAGAAUCUUUUACAGGUAUAUCAAAAAUUAGUUUGAUCAGUUCGCAGUAAUAUAAGACGUUCCUUAUCAACUAUUAAAAAAUUUUCAGACCAAAACUGAUUCACUGGUUCACUCGACCACUAUUUAUUUUGGGGUGGAUCUGUUUCUGUCUAUCAUUUGGCCUAUAUUGGUCAAUUUGUUCAUAUUUAAUCUAUCUAGACGACGAGGACAGGGAAUUUCUUCGUGAAACUUUCCGCGUUAGCUUCAACGCCAAUAUCGACGACAUAGGCAUUCUUGGUAUCCGAUACAAGGUACGUCAUGGGGAAAGUCGAAACGAACAACUAACAAGGAAAUUCUCAGGCAACUCAACCGACUACGAUUUUGAGGACUUGCGUGGCGUUGGGAAUGGCUAACGUGGUAUCAAUAUCAGUGAUCGUUUCCUACUGUGUCAUGGGAUACAAGGUUAUCAUAGAAAGAAAAUGUUGA